CACAGCACACACACGAAGAUGACAGCUUGAAUUUCGUUUCUUAAACGACAAAAAUGGAUCUUCAGGAAUUGAUUGAAGAGUAUUAUGGCUUACUAGAGCGAGCCGCGGAGAUAAGAUGGGAAAUCUCUUCAAGGAUCGGCAGCUCAGCCACGGACGACCGUCGGAUGCAUCCUCAGCGGAAAUCGAUCGUCCUUGAUGCUGCCACCCUGAAUCAAAUGGAAACAGAGCUUCAGAAAUACCUGGAAUCACGGUCCUGUGCUCUAACCGAGACGGCUGAAGCAUUCAAUCGAACCCAGGAGGCCAUCAUAAGACGCAUCUGUGGCCCGAGCGAGGUGAAAGCCAUGCAGGAUUAUACUAAGGCUGAGGCACAGAAAGCAGCAUGGAAUGUAAAAGCAAUGGGCAGUAGAGCCCUGGAGCCCGAGUCCAUGUGUUCACCAGUGGACAUGUGUACGCCUUCUGAGCUCCGGGCUCUUUCUCACCUCUUCACUCCGGUGCCCCCGUCCACGCCCGCGGUCACUAAGACCAGAUUCAGGCGUUCUCUUAUACCAAGACUGCCGGUUUUGUGCCUGCCGACCAAGGGUGAACCCAGGGUCAACGAUCCCCAGGUGGAUUCAGUGACCAGAACAGAGCCUGCCCCCUUCCCAAAAAGAAAUGAUCCACCUCUAAAACCAACAGUUAGCCAAAGAAGACCUGUAGCACAAAACGCAGCAGUGGUGCAUCAGAAAAAGAGGCAGGAACCCCAGGUUAAGGCCAGAGAAGUGGCUGCAGAAAAUAGAAGAACUAAAAAAGAGAACCUGGUGCUAAGUGGCGAGAAGCCGCUGGACCGGCCUGAAGCAGCGCUGGAUCAGGCAUUUCAGCUGCUGGAGCUUGAAGACUGGAACAGAAAAGUAGACGGGCUGAAAGUGGUGCGAGCCCUGGCCGAGCAUCAUGCUGGCAUCCUGCUGCCCAGACUACACGAUGUCUGCCUGGCUGUUGUAAAGGAGGUGGCAAAUCUUCGCUCCAUGGUGGCCCGAGCAGCCAUGACCACCGUGGCGCAUCUUUUUGCCCACCUACAGAGGGCGAUGGACCACGAGACGGAGGCGGCGACUGAAGUUCUGCUACACAAAGCCGGCGAGUCGAGCCAGUUCAUCAAGGACGACGUGGACGCGGCGCUCACCGCCAUGGUGCACUGCUGCUCGCCCACCCGGGUCAUGAAUGCCCUACUGGAUGGAGGACUGAGUCACAGGAACGCUGCGGUUAGAAGAUGUGCAGCGAUGCAUCUGGACGAACUGGCGCAGGUUGUUGGCGCUUCACGCCUGCUGAGCGCUAAAACGCCCCUCAGCGAGCACUUCCUGUCCGGCGUGUGCAGGCUGGCACUGGACUCAUCACAGGAAGUGAGGUUCCACGCCCGGAGCACUCUCCGACUUCUGGGCCCCCAUAAAGACCUGAUGAAGAUGGUGGACAAGUUCAUACCAACAAAGGACAAAGCCGCCAUCAAGGACAUCAUCACAAAGGCCAGGUAAAAUACAACAUGGAAACGGCACGCUUACUGAUUACAGGUUUGUGUCUUUUUCUUUUAUUAUACAGAUAAACAUCCAGAAGAAAUAAAUAUGAGAUGUAAUCGGUGAUCAGAUCAGCAGUACCGUGGAAGAUCAGGACCUCAUCAAGAGGCAAACAGGAAGAUUCUGCAGCAUAUUAAAAAAUACCAAAAAAAUAAUAAAAACAAUAAAAAUAAA